ACCAGCAACAGGAUCGACGUCGUUGUCGAUCAGUGAUCGUUUCGCACGCAUCGCGUCCGCUCGUUGCCCGCCUGUUCGCGCCGUCCACAGGCGUUUUCUUCUCUCGCGCUGUCGCUCGUCAUUUUUUCGUCCCGUUUUCUCACGAGCUCCGACCGACAUAUAAGGUCGGCUAGAAAAAAGAUAAUAUAACAUUAUAAAAAUAGUCAUUACCGCGACCCGCAAUUAUUACUUGAUAACGAUAUCCGGCGCAGGUACCUAACCCGUCGACGUUUUAUCGGUGUAACGACUCUUUAUGACUCUGUCGAUAACGUCAAUCAUCGUCGUUUUAAAUACCUAAACAUAAUAAUAAUACUAUACCGGGGAACCACCGCCGUCGCAAAUCCUACCCGACGGGAUAAAUAUCGUCGCCGCCGCGACUAGCAGCACGCGCGGAUCCGAGACCGCCGCCGACGAAGGACAGAGGUUCGACUUCGAUUAUGGUCGUCAUUUUUAAACAAGAAUACGAAAAUCAAAGCAUGAGCAAUGAAUAUAGUUACUCUCGUGGAAGACCUCCUGCAGAAUCUAUUUCUCGAAUUGCAGAUUGGGACAUUAACGAUUCGAUUAUUCCAAGGGUGAAUAACUUCAACUUAUGGGAAGAAUGGGCCGACGGGCAUUGUCGCUUGGUAUACCCACCCAAUUGCGAAGAAGCAAAGCGACAUGCUUCUGGAUGGGCAAUGAGAAACACCAACAAUCACAAUGUGCACAUAUUAAAGAAAUCGUGUCUGGGUGUUCUACUCUGCUCGAGAAGGUGUGUUCUCCCUUCGGGAGACACUGUUCAUCUGAGACCAGCUAUAUGUGACAAGGCUCGAAAAAAGCAACAAGGUAAACCGUGUCCAAAUAGACAGUGUCACGGUCACUUGGAAAUAAUGCCCUGUAGAGGACACUGUGGUUACCCUGUCACACAUUUUUGGAGGCAUACAGAGUAUGCAAUAUUUUUUCAAGCCAAGGGUGUACACGACCACCUGAGACCUGAAGCCAAGUCUACUUCAGAAGCACGAAGAAGCUUUGGCACCAGCCGCAAAAUACGAAACUUCGGCAUGCUCCUAACUCGUGAUGUUCCUUUCAAUAAUAAAGUAUUAAAUUUAAAAAAUCAAAAGCAGAAAGCCAUUAGUAGUGGAAAUCGCAAACAGUAUUUAAGUACACAACUAACUCAAGAGCUGAUUUCAGAGAACCGAAGUAUAAACUCCGGCUGCUCGUGUCUUCCUUACUAUUGCGUUUGCAACAACAGCCGCCUGACGGCACCAGGGCCAGAACCCGCGACCGCCAUGCUCCAGCAUCAGCAAGCCUCAUACCCUGGCCAACACCACCACCAUCGUCACCACCACCACCACAAUAACAGCAGCAGUAGUAGCAGCAGUGAAGACGAUCAACAUCACCACCAUCAAGACUGGGCGACGGCGGCUGGGCUGCAAAACUAUCACGCUAUGCAACAGAUUCAGUCCGAACCUCCGCCAACGUCGGCGAUCGUUCAAAACAUGUCCGCCGCUGACUUUGGGUUCGUGACCGGGCCGCAACCGGCGUCGGCCGUCUACUGUCAACCUAUGCAGCAGCCGACCGCCGACAGCGACGAUGUGUUUCAACUGCAGCAGCCACCAGGACAGGACGCGGCCACCGCUUCUUCGGCUUACCACAAGUGUUCGCCGACGACCGUGUUGGAUUUGGGCAGCGGCACCAUACACAAGAGCCCGGGGCAGUGCAGCGGCGACAACGGCGGCGUCGGUUGGCAACACUACCAGCCCGUCGACUACCAUCACCAUACCGCGGUGCACCAUCACCACGAUCACCAGCAGCAGCAACAGUGCUUCCAGAUGCAGCAGAGUUGCGACGGCGUCGCCUAUCACCACCACCCCGGGCAGAUGCAGUACGCCACCAUCAAGACCGAGGACUGCCCGGAAUCUUUGGAUUUGAUGUACCCGAUGGCGGUACAGGACGUGGAUUACUACGCACAGGUGUCGUCCUCUUCGUCGUCGGCGGACGCGGCGUGCCACAAGGGAAACGCCGCGGUCGGCAUGCACAACGACGGGUCGAUGGACUUUAUCGGCGCCGACGGGACGAUGCCAGCCGAUGUCUCCGCUUCGCAGCAAGUCGACUACAUGGUUCUCGAUCCCACCAAGAUGUUGUUGACCAACAACAACUUUUACAUGGACGCUUACUGUGGUGGCGGCGGAACAGAGACCAACAAUAACAACGACAACGGCCACACAGCCGCCGCCGCCGCGUUCAACGAAUUCCAACUGAACGCCGCCGACAUCCAUUGGUCGCAAUGAAUUCACCGCCACUAUACUACUGUAUAUACGAAUACUAUGUAUAGAGAGAAUGGUGAAGAAAUUUCAUAUUUUGAACCUUCAUCGCAUGUUGUGUACCGCUGUAUGUAUAUAAAUGUAUAUAAAACAAAAGA